UCUACACGUGUGUGGUGAGGCUUAAUUAAAUUUGGCCACCAUUUUGUGGCCCAUCUGGAAGACUUUCUUCAUUUCAGGGCGGACUGAAGGCCGUCAUUUGGACAGAUGUCAUUCAGAGCUUUGUGAUGUUUGGUUCCAUUUUGGCGGUUUGCAUCAAGGGCACCUUCGAUGUGGGCGGACUGGGCGUGGUUCUGCAACACAAUGAAGACGGCGGACGUCUUAAUACACCGGAAUGGACUUGGGAUCCCACGGUGCGAUUGUCCAUGUUGUCCGUGAUUUUGGGUGGCACCCUGCAUAAGAUCCAGUCGUCGGAUGUCAACCAAGUGUCCAUUCAGCGAUUCCUAUCCCUGCCGAGCUACGAGCAUGCCAAGCGAUGUAUGCUGGUUUUCACGGUGCUCCUCAUCUUUCUACUCAGCUGCUGCAGUUACAUGGGCCUGGUGUCGUAUGCCGUCUAUCACGACUGUGAUCCCAUAAGUACUAAGUUGGCGGCUGCCGUCGACCAACUGCCUUCGCUGCUAAUGAUGCGAACGCUGGGCUCCUUACCUGGAUUACCAGGACUCUUUGUGUCUGGCGUUUUCAGCGCUGCCCUGAGCUCACUUUCCACGGGCCUCAAUUCGCUGGCCUGUGUCAUUACUCAGGAUAUCGUGAGACCCUUGCUGAAAAAACCGAUGACCGAGCGCCAGACGGCUUUUUGGUUGCGGGCAAUCGUCGUUGUUUGCGGAUUCAGUUGCCUGGGAAUGGUCAACGUUGUGGAGAAGUUGGGACAAGUGGUUCCACUGGCCACCAGCACGGCGGCUGUGUCGAUGGGUCCUUUAUUGGGCAUUUAUUGCAUGGGAGUUGGCCUGCCUUGGGUGAAAGGAAAGAGCGUUCUGCUGGGCAGUGUGGUAUCCUUUUUGGUAUUGGCCUGGAUUUGUAUUCAGGCGCAGUUGGCUCAAAUGAAUGGAGAGAUUCGUUACCCGAAACUUCCCGUUUCGGUGGAUGGCUGUGACUAUGAUUUCGAUAAUCAUACAGUUCAUGAAACCAUCCACAAGUACAGACCCUCGGAGCGAAACAUCUACCACUUAUCAUUCCUGUGGUACACGGCGCUGGGCGGGUUUAUUUGCACUGUGGUCUCGGUUUUGGCUGGAUUCAUUUUCGGUUGGGAGGAUCUCAAUAAAAUGGAUCCAGCCUUGAUUACGCCCUGUAUGCGGCGCUUUUUGCCCAAUAAAAACUACGAGGCUGUUAAUAUGCAGGAUCUCUUUAAGCGCAAGGACGAAAUCGAGUCCCAAAGAGCUUCUUAAACUUUGUCAAUAAAACAUGUACUCUCUGUUCUGCGAAUACGCGUUUAAUUUAAUUGUGUGUGAAUGUGACCAAGCAUGUUUCAUUUAUUCAAUGCAUCCUGUAAAUAUCCAUGCAUCCUGUAAAUAUUCAUGCAUCCUGUAAAAUUUUGCUCUUGUUUCUGUUUC